AUGGCGCCCACGUUUUAUGUUGGUUCGGAGGCUGGGCUCAAGAAGCUUGAUGAAUAUCUAUUGUCUCGCAGUUACAUCACAGGGUAUCAAGCUUCAAAGGAUGAUCUCACUGUCCAUGCAGCUUUCACAAAACCCCCAUCACCCCAGUAUGUGAAUGUAUGUCGUUGGUUCACUCAUAUCGAUGCCCUUUUGAGGAUUUCUGGUGUGUCUGCUGAAGGCAGUGGUGUUGUUGUUGAGGGAUCCGCUUCUUUCCCAGAAGAAGCCAUUGCAACUCCUCCAGUUGCUGAUACAAAGGCUGCAGCUGAUGAAGAUGAGGAUAGUGAUGUGGAUCUUUUUGGUGAAGAGACCGAGGAGGAAAAGAAGGCUGCUGAAGAACGUGCAGCUGCAGUGAAAGCAUCUGGGAAAAAGAAAGAAUCUGGGAAGUCUUCGGUGUUGUUGGAUGUGAAGCCUUGGGAUGAUGAAACUGACAUGCAAAAGCUUGAGGAAGCUGUUAGAAGUGUUCAAAUGGAGGGCUUGCUGUGGGGUGCAUCAAAGUUGGUGCCAGUUGGAUAUGGUAUUAAGAAGCUCCAGAUUAUGAUGACAAUUGUGGAUGACCUGGUAGCUGUGAUAUUGUGGCCUUCAAUAAGAUAUAAUUCCUGCUUGAUUUGGUGGGACAGAAGAAAGAUGCAGGAGGAUGGUUUUGUGGAGUUGUUAUUUAUGUAGUUUGCAGUUGUGUUGAUCAUGAGGGAUUCUAUCAGUGUUGACGUUUUGCUAUAUAUAUGGUUAUGUUUGUGUUGAUCUUUGAUUGUCUCCUAACAUCAUUUGCAAAUCAAAAACGAAAAUCACAACAAAUUAUAAAUUGAAAUCCUUUUAAAAACUGUAACAUUCCUUAAUUAUAUUUACGGCAGCCCCAAUUUGUUGCAAGAUUCAUAGAAAAUAGAAAGUAAAUAUUACUUGAUUUUGGCACCAAUAUUAAGGUGUUUGAUAUUGGAGGAGAUGAUUAGGAAAAUUAGAUAGUUGUUGGGAAUACAUGAAAGUGAAAAAUGUCUUCAAAAUUAUUUAUUACAUAUAAAACAAUGGAAGAUCGCAUAUUUUUAUCUAAUAAGCUAAUUAAAGUGUUUGGAUUGUACAAAAUAAUUUAUGUUAAUUGUGGUUCGGUG